GGAGUACAACCAACAAGUCUGAUCUGUCACGAUGAUUACGUACGCGUUCGUACUGUUAACUACCUUAUUCGCCGUCUCAUUCGAUACAGUGAGUGGCGAUUGUUAUGUAUGUAGCUAUUCUGGCGAAGACGAAAGCAACUGUAAAACCCCGAGUGAAAAUACCGUCUCCAUGAGUAUCACUGGCUGCGAUAGCUGCACGACGAUAUUUUCUAUAUCGAAUGAUGUUGUUACCGCCGUCACGCGCUCAUGUUCACCAAGUUCUUGCAUCGAAAGUACAGUUAAUGGCGAUCCAAAAACUAUAACUGAAUGUUGCACUGGUUCCCUGUGUAACAGUGGUUCGACGCCAUCAACGAGCCCCUCCAGCAGUACAGAGGUUGCUGGGAACGGUGACAAUGUCGAUGAUAAUAACGAUGGUGGAGAUGCAAAUAAUGACGAUGGCGGCGAUGAUCAGGGCGAUGAUGGCGGAGACGAAAAUGAUGAUAAUGAUGGUAAUGGUGAUGGUGCCACUCAAAUGGUAACAUCAGUCGUAACCAUGGUGAUAUCAUUCACAUCCGCCAUAUUGUACUCGUUUUAUAUUUAAUCAUGGCAUGUAUCAUUUACAUACGUACAAUUAGAUUUGAUGAUAAUGGAAUUCG